AUGCGUCGCGGAGGUCGGUUGGGAGCCAUUGUGGGACAUGAGUCCUUCAAAACCGAGAAUGGAGCGUUUUCGUUGCUUGCAAGGGAUGCCCUGCUGCCGAACCCGUUCAAACCUGAUUUCGACGCCUUUUUGAGCACACCAAAGGUGCGCAUUCUGUCGAUCAAAAAGGAGCUCUUCCAGAGAGCCCGCGAAUUGGACAAAGAUCCAGCAAUGUUGGAACAGGCGAAGAAGACUCAGGUGCUGGCAGUGAGCGUCACCAGGAAGCAGCGUUGGACAUACGGUGGACGAGAUGGUCCUGAGGACUCUGGCUCGCCCCGCGAACUGAUGUCUCCUACCUUGUCCUCCAAAUCCAAACGGCCAUCACAGAGGAGCAUCUGGGGCGACCGCAGCUCUCUGUGA